AUGCAUAUCACACCCUCUCUCAAAUUAUCUAUUUCAGUUCAUUAUCUAUCUAUCUAUCUAUCUAUCUAUCUAUCUAUCUAUCUAUUUGUUCAUCAUUUAUCUAUUUAUCUCAUUAUGUUGUUCCUAUCUAUAUAUCUACCACAUUCUGAAGGUAUACUUAACGUUCCUUUACAUCCGGAAGGCCUCAUUAAAAUUGGCGUUCAACUCUUAUUUUUCUUCCCAUCGUUCUUUCUUUCUUUUUUCUUUCCGUCUUUCUUCCUUUCUUUCCAUUACACUUUUCUUCCUUUCCGUCUUUCAUUCUUUUUUACUUUCUUUUUAUUGCCCUUCUUUCUUUCUUUCUUUCUUUUUUUCUUUCUUUCUUUGUUUCUUUGUUUCUUUGUUUCUUUCUUUCUAUUGCUCUUUUCUCUCUUCCCUUCCUUGUUUGUUUGUUUGUUUCUUUCUUUCUUUUGUCUUUUCUUUUCAUUAUUCUUCUCUUUCUUCCCAUCUUUCUUUUCAUUACUUUUGGGUUUAUUCUCAUCUUUCUUUCUUUCUUUCUUUUGUCUUUUCUUUUCAUUAUUCUUCUCUUUCUUUCCAUCUUUCUUUUCAUUACUUUUCGGUUUCUUCCCAUCUUUCUUUCUUUCUUUCUUUCUUUCUUUCUUUUAA